AUGAAAGGAGCUUCGGAUAAAUAUGCCACAACUUUAAUAGUUUCAGGAUUUACUAGAAAGUUAAAAAAUUGGUGGGAUAAUUAUCUUACAGAAGUAAAUAGAAAUCAAAUCCUAGGAGCUACUACAAUAGCAACUAUAAUAAAAAUUGAAUCGGGAGUACAAGUUGCAGAGCAAGAAGCUAGAGAAGAUACUUCUGCAACCUUAAUCUACUGUAUUGCUAAACACUUUAUUGGAGAACCAAAACUUUUCCAAGAUAGGAGUUUAGAACUUCUUAACAAUCUUAACUGUCCAAAAUUAACAGAUUUUAGAUGGUAUAAAGAUAUGUUUAUAGAAAAAGUAAUGAUCAGAGAAGACUGCGGUAGUGCUUUCUGGAAAGAAAGAUUUAUCAGUGGUCUACCAAGAUUAUUUGCCGAAAAGGUAAGAAACAAAAUGAAAGAUAGAUUCAACGGUCUAAUCCCUUAUGACAAUCUUACAUAUGGGGAUUUAAUCAGUUUUAUUAAUGUUACAGGUCUUGACUUAUGUACAGACCUCAAAAUUAAAAGCCUUAUUAAAAAGGACAUGCUCCAAUCCAAAACAGAAUUAGGAAGUUUCUGCCAAGACUUCGAUUUUAAAACAAUUGCUGCUCCAUCUAAAAGAGCAAAACAACAUAAAAAAUCUUCUGAAAAAACAAAAAGACGCCAUAAACGUCAAGAAAAAAAGGAAGGAACUCCUAAGAAAAGAAGAUUUAAAAGACGUUCUAAAAAGGAACAUGGUGAUAAAUAUUGGUCAUGUGGUAAGACAGGGCAUAGAGCAAAUGAAUUGCCAGUCACCAACAAUAAAAAGAAAAAGGUUAAUACCUUAGAACUUGAUGAAAACAUUAAAGAAAAGCUAUUUGCUAUUCUUGAACAAAAUGAAAACAGCACAUCAUCGUCAUCAUCAGAUGAAAGCUAUUCUGACAGUGACAAUGAAAUGAUAAAAAUGGUUAAGCUCAGACUUGACAAAAUUGAAAUGGAAAAUCUCACUAAAGAAGUAUUACAAGCAGCCAAUAAAAAAGAAACUAUUGGUGAAUACUUCACAGAAGAUGAUAAUUCAAAAAAUGAUGAAGAAUCAAUCAGCGGUACAUCAGUGGCAAAAAUUACUAAAGUAAGAGCACACAGCUAUCAUAUUCCUAUUACCUUAAAGAAAAGGAAAGAGGAGCUCCCAGGUUAG